UUUCAUCACGCCUUUUCCGUUAAAGUUUUAACGUUCGCCACAAAUAGCCCAUUUUCUUGCAGCUUGACUCGACUUAGGAGCAUCAAGAGGCAGACUUCGGACAUGUAAGGAAGCAACAUCAUCGGUGGGAAAAAAAGAAAGAAAAUCGCACACGACAGGAUCCCGUCCAUUUUGGAUUGACCGCGGAGAGGGCGGCGCCGACGGCUCGAGUUGAACCUACAUCGCAACUAUCUGCCUGAUCAUGAGCACGUCCGGACCGGUUCCAGACACCCAAAAUGUCGACGGUAACGACAUCUGUGUCUACUUCGAUCCAUUACUCUACCGUGCGGUGGACGACUUUGAACCGCAAGAGGACGACGUGAUUCAGGUGACCUUUCCCCGAUCAGGCACUCACUGGGCACAGCAAAUCAUCCAGCUCAUUGUUCACGGAGGAAAAUCAGCGAGCUCGUUCACCGAGUUCACCGAGAGAGCCCCGUUCCUGGAGAUGCAGGGGCUCAAGACGACAGGCAAGCCUAGACUACUACGGUCGCACCUUCCAAUCGGCAAAGUUCCAUUCAGUCCGAGGGGAAAAUACGUCUACGUCGCCAGAAAUCCGUGGGAUUGCUGCGUGUCCUGUUACCACCUGGUCCACGAAGCACCAGCAUUCAACUUCUCAACCGGUACUUUCGAAGAGUUCGUGGACGUGUUUCUAGGGGGACAGUUCGGUUUUGGCAACUACUUUGAACACGUUCUCUCGGGUUACAAGCACAAAGACAAGCCAAACGUAUUCUUCCUGACGUACGAGGAACUUCAGAAGAACAAGCCUGACGCUGUUUUGAGAUUGGCUUACUUCCUAGGAAAAGGCUAUGGAAGAAUGCUGGAAGAAAAUGAAAAUGUCUUUAAGGAGGUACUCGACAAGAGUACUGUGAGCUUUAUGAAAGGUUUUAUGCGGCCCUCUCCCGAAGAGCUCAACCUGGCUCUUGGUAAGACUCCCGCACAAUUUGAACGACUGAAAGAGGUUGUCACAAUUAAGGCGGAUGGGGCCAAAGUGAACAUUCUUCGCAAAGGUGAAAUGGGUCAGUGGAAAAAUUAUUUUACGCCAGAAACUUCACGGAAGAUGCAAGCUACAAUUGACGAGAUGAACAAGAAGUACGGUAUAAUUGACCUAUGGAAACAGACUCUGUAAUCCGGUUUUUUUUCAUAACUGGUUGGUACGUUCAGCAACACCCACCCCCCUUUUCCCCCAAAUAAGCAUAUUAAAAAAAAAUGUUGUGAGGGACACAUUUA